AAGAGAUUCCAAAUCGGUGAAAUUUUACUCCCCUUCUUUUUGUUCGCCUUUCCCAUAGACUUAACAUACGUACAAUCGAGCAGUCGUCAGUUCAGCUCUAUGCCGCAGCAGCGGCAAAGGUAGCGGCAGCAUCUUACACCGCAAACAACAGUCAAAACACACACGCAGGCACCGUCCAGUUGCUUGGUUACUUUCGCCGCCGAGGAACGAGAGCCUUGUGUUUCCUCCCGACAGUCGAUCGUGUCGACAGAUUCAAGCUAGAAGCGAUUCAUUCUGAGCUCAAGUGUCGCUUUCUAUUCCGAGUGAGGUUCUCGAGGAUCCGAGUCGGCGAUACUCCAGCAGAAUGUCGAAUCUAUUGGAUGAAGUAUUCACUCCGCUGAAUAUAGUCCUAUCCGCGAUCAUAGCCGCUCUCACAUGGACACUAUUCGGACCGAGAAAAGGCAGCGCAUCUCAAGAUGACCAGCCAGCAGUGAAAAUUCUACCAAAAAUGAAGCGACGCGAUAUGACCGUCGUCGAGCUCCGAGAGUUCGACGGGACUCCGGAGAAGAACGACGGGAGGAUCCUGGUCGCCGUCAACGGCACCGUUUUCGACGUGACGCGGGCGAGUCAUUACUACGGACCAGGAGGUCCCUAUGCGGCGUUCGCGGGACGUGACGCCUCCCGGAUGUUGGCCACUUUUUGUCUGAAGGCCGUCGAGGGCCCUCCGGUCUACGACGAUUUGUCGGAUCUGAAAAGUUCCGAAAUGGAUCAAGUCAAAGAAUGGUUUUUGCAGUUUAAGGAAAAAUACGAUGUGGUCGGAAAGCUUCUCAAGCCUGGCGACGAACCCACAGACUAUUCAGAUAACGAAGAGGCGACCGACGGAGGACAGAACACGUCCACCGAAGCUCCCUAGACGGAGGAAACUCAUGUGCCAGCGGUCCUUGUCCGGGCCUCAUAUCUUGUAUUGGCCACCCUGUACGAUAUUCUCAAUCCUCCGAUUUUGCAACCCAUUACUACCUCUCCAAUUAUCGCGGCUGGUGAUGACUCAAUCGCUUACGAUUGAUCAAUCCGCCCGUUCGUUCGUAGACAUUCAAAUUCAAGCCCUCCUGGAAUAUCGCGACACAGAGGAUUCCAUGGCUUCACCGUUGAGCGCGGUCGAGUUUUCUUCUUCUGAAGGAGAUAUGUCCGUAUGUUGGCAUCUAGUGAAAUUCAUAUGAGCGUGGGGUUACCCCGGUGCAAAUAUGCUCGUAGCAGUUGACGUUCCAAGUGAGAAAAAAGAACUACUCUCCCCCUCCGGCUGUUCGAGCCAUUGAGUGAGUGAACUUCUGUGAGAACACGACUCAUCUUACUGUUAUUCAAAUCUCUCUGAACUCGCUGUUAGGUGUGUCUGAAGUCUGAAUAGGAGUCGGGUGCACGGCGCAGAAUCAUCAAACGCACCUUGAGGAAACUUAAUUGUCGCCGGAAAUGAUUCAGUGAGUGUUUUUGUAACUGAAAGAAUACCUAGAGGAAGGAUCCCCGCGAAGUCACGUUUCUCCGAGGAGAGCGGCAAAAAGGAAUAUUUUCGUCUGGUGAAUCGACGGAUAUCGAUGUGAGACUCAUAUAACACGUCACUACAUACUACAAAUAUUCAGAAUUCGUUCGUCAGACAUCUUGCUCGACGAAUUUGGAACCGAUUCUAAAAGAAAGUAAUCCCUCAACGAAACCUGGAAGUAAUUAUGGAAUGAUGAUAUAAUAUAAAUAAAGCAAUGGUUAUAUUCUUCCAAAA